UUUUUCUUUGUUUCCUUCCUCAGCUCAAACACCAAAGCACCAGCAACAAUAACAAUAACAACAACAACAACAACAACAACAAGAGCAAUGCUUUUGCUUCUCAUUCUCUUCUUCUCUUCUUCUUCUUCUUCUUCUUCUUCUUCAGCAUCACAUGAGCAUAAAGCUUCUACAAUACUUGGUUCUUGUAUCUCAUUGUAGUGCCACUGGUUGUGGUUGAAAAACAUGGAGUUUGGAGGGAUGGUAGGCAUGGAAGGGUUGGUGGUUGGUGGUUCCUCUGAAGCUGCUGGUUCUUCUUCUUGUGGCUUCUUCCCUUCCUCUUUAGCUUCCUCAGAAGUUGAAACCAGAGCUCAAAAAGGGAUCUUUGCUAAUGGUAAUGGUUUCUUCAAGCAUGGGAGAACUUGUGGUCUUGAAGGACAUGACUUGAGAACUCUCAAGAUGGCUAGGACUUCUUCAUCAGCUUCUCUUCUGAGAUCCAGCUUCCAUGAUGCUGGAGAACAUAUGCUUAGCUUUUCAUCACCAAAGUCUGAUGCUUUGCUUCUAACUAGUGAAGGGACUUUGCCCUUUUAUCAUUUGCCUUCAUCCUCAUCAGCAUCAUCAUCAUCAUCUUCUUCUUCUUCUUCUUCUUCUUCUUCAACACCAGCUUAUUUCAGGACUGCAGGGUUGAGUUCUGGAAACACAAGUUUGAUGAACAUGCAUGGGGUUUUGGCAGGGGUUAGAGGUCCUUUCACUCCAUCUCAAUGGAUGGAGCUUGAACAUCAAGCAUUGAUCUACAAAUACAUUGAUGCAAAUGCUCCUAUUCCAUCCAAUCUUCUCAUUCCAAUCAGAAGAAGCCUCUACCAGUCUGGUUUUCCUCCCUUCUCAGCAGGAUCCCAAAGAUCCAACCCUUUGGGAUGGGGAUCUUUCCAUCUGGGUUUCACUGGAAAUGCUGAUCCAGAACCUGGUCGAUGCCGUCGAACUGACGGGAAGAAAUGGCGGUGCUCAAGAGAUGCAGUUGCCGAUGGAAAAUACUGCGAGCGACACAUGAAUCGUGGCCGCCAUCGUUCAAGAAAGCAUGUGGAAGGCCAGAAUGGCCAUGCCGCGAAAGCGAUGCCUAUCAUUGCUCCUUCACCAUCAGCUUCGGCUGUUCCUGGUGGCGGAUCAUCUAAUAGCCUAAACAUUUCACAGCAACACACCAGAAAUUUCCAGUCUAGUGUUGCUGAUCCUUCCUCUGCACAGUUCAACAGGAUGUUAAUGAGCAAAGAGAAUGUUAAUGGUGGUGUGCCGGAUUCACAAGGCUUCUCCAUGCUAACUUCUGUAAACCCAAAAGCGAUGGACAACUCGUUCUCGAUAUCAAAACAACAGAACCCAUUUGAAGGAGCUUCUUCUCGAACUGAUUUCGGACUGUUUUCCACCGAUGCGCUUUUGAAUACUCCAAGGAACUCGUACUCGGAUCAUAUGGAACUCAAAGACCAACAGACCCAAGCACAUCCUCUUCGGCACUUCUUCGAUGACUGGCCCAAGAACCGUUCUGAUCGAUCAACAAUCACCUGGCCAGAGGUUGAAGAAACUCAUUCAAACAAAACUCAGCUGUCCAUUUCCAUCCCCAUGUCAGAUUUCUCAUCAUCCUCAUCGUCUCCCAACCAUGAAAAGCUUACACUCUCGCCUCUCAAGUUAUCCCGGGAGUUCGAUCCCAUUCCGAUGGGUUUAAGCGUCGGAGUUCUGAAUGAAGCCAGUCAAAGGCAAGCAAGUUGGAUACCGAUCUCUUGGGAGUCUUCAAUGGGCGGCCCGUUAGGAGAAGUCUUGACCAACACCAACAACACGACACCGAAGGAAUGCAGUAAAAACUACUCAUCAUCAUCUCUAAACCUGUUGACUGAUGGCUGGGACUCGAGCCCCCGAAUGGUGUCAUCUCCCACUGGCGUUCUCCAGAAGACCACAUUCGGUUCCUUGUCUAGUAGCACCGGCAGUAGCCCGAGGACUGAGAGCCAUAAAGCUCAUGAUGAAGAUCUUCUUGGUGCGAACCUUGUACAUGCGUCAACCAUCCCCUCACUGUAAGCUUACAAGACCAAGGAAUGAUGGGAAUAAAAUACAAGACUAGAAGUUAUCGAGGACAUGCGAGUAUUUAGUUUUGAGUUUGCUGCUGAAGAAGAACAUAUUGUUAGCUUCGAUCGUUCUUGUGUUCUUUAUUGUUUUUUUUUUCGUGUUGUAUGUUAAGUGAAAACUCGCCGUAUUUGUUCUGGCGAUGUCUUGCCGUGCUGGUAACACCGGUAUCGGCCAUUUUGGCUUGUGUUUGUUCUAAAACAAUGUAUGAUCUUAUAUGUUGUUAUGUGUGCUUUGAGUUCA